GAAUGAAUUAACAAGGCGAACUGGAUAAUAACCGGAAUUUAAGCAGAAAACCAACGAGCGUGGAAGUCUCUCUCUCUCUCUAGUUCUAGUUCCGGCGAAGAAGCCCUUUUCGGAUUUCAUUUCGUUGACGAAGAAGAAAGAAGAGGAUGGUGAUGGGAAAGGCAUUGUACAGCGUGGGGUUCUGGAUCCGUGAAACUGGUCAAGCACUUGAUCGGCUCGGUUGUCGCCUCCAAGGCAAAAAUCACUUCCGAGAACAACUAUCCAGGCACCGCACGCUUAUGAAUGUUUUUGACAAAGCCCCUAGUGUCGAUAAGCAGGCUUUCGUUGCUCCCAGCGCUUCUCUCAUUGGUAAUGUCCAUGUGGGACCAGCUUCUUCCAUUUGGUAUGGAUGCGUCUUGAGAGGAGAUGCUAACAGCAUCAGUGUCGGCGCUGGUACCAAUAUCCAAGAUAACACUCUUGUCCACGUUGCCAAGUCCAACUUGAGCGGCAAGGUCUUGCCUACUCUCAUUGGAGACAAUGUCACUAUUGGUCACAGUGCUGUUUUACAUGGCUGCACUGUCGAAGACGAGGCCUAUAUUGGUGCAAGUGCAACCGUCUUGGAUGGAGCUCAUGUUGAAAAGCAAGCCAUGGUUGAGUCAGGUGCUCUUGUCAGGCAGAACACUAGGAUUCCUUCCGGCGAGGUUUGGGGAGGAAAUCCAGCUAGAUUUAUGAGGAAGGUGACUGAAGAAGAGAAGGCCUUCUUCUCCAGUUCCGCUGUGGAUUACUCCAACUUAGCUCAAGUGCACACCGCAGAAAACACAAAGAACUUGGACGAGACUGAUUUCAAGAAGCUUCUUUACAAGAAGAACGCUCGCGAUGCUGAAUACGAUGAUCUCAGUCUCUCUGAGAAUGUACCAAAAUCAGCUUGAGAAGUUUUGAUUCGUGCUAAAUUUGAAAUUUUUUAAAAAGGAACUUCAUUUCAUGCUUCUCCAAUAAAGUUUUCUUCAGCUUUAAGGUCCUUUGAUUGACCAGCGCUUACUUUGGAAAGUAAAAUUUUCAGUUUUAAAGACAUUCUAUUUCUCUGUAAAAGAUUCUUGAGAGGAUUUUGUUCUCUUGUAAGAAAAAAAGUUGUGGCGACAAGGCUGUGUAAUAAGUGGUUGGAACAGUUUUUUCUCACU